AAAGCGAGUCAGCAUCGCGUCGAUCGUCUGCGAAUUUUUCAAUAAAAACGACUUGUGUUUGCCCAGUUUGCACAACAGACGACCAGCGCCGAGUCAAGUGAAUGCUGGCGAGUCCGAAUCGAGUGCAUUUCCGCUGCGUGUGAGUGAAAAGCAUUGGAAAAUUGUUGUGCGGGGAAAGUGAACGCGAACGACGGAAUUGCGACCCAUUGCAGGCGGCGACAGUGACGGCGGCUUUGUCGCAGACCCAGGGCCCGGACGGGAGCAAUCGAGUGUUUCGCCGGAAUCCGAGUGUGACGCAGUGAGUGGCUGAUUGGAAAGUGAUGCCCGCCGCCCCGGAGAUGGGCGCAGUGAAUAUACGUUUGGGCGGACGGUGAAAAGCGUCCGAAACCCGAGCCGGAGCCAGCGGCGGCCAACUACGCCGCCUCUUGUCAUAACCUGAAAGCCUGGGCGCCCUGUUCGCGUCCGGUUGACAUUUUAAAUGGCUGUCACGGUGACAGCUCAGUGAGAAGUUCCGCGGUGACGUCUCCAGUGCGAUUGUGGAUUUUACGGCCCUGGCUUCGCCGAGGGUUCAUCGAGCUGGAGAGUUUUUUAAAAUGCGCGCGCCCUGUCACAAAAAAUUGAAAGAUUUUUUAUUUUUGUGGGAACACACGCAACAAAGAUUUUGUACUAGAGCGUAUUGACGUCGCCCGUCCUGUUCUGGCGUUUGACAUUGGGCGUCCGAAGUGUCAGCAUCUGGUUUGCUCGCACGCCAACACAAACACACUCACGCGGGCCGUGUGUAUAUGCGCAAAAGUGUCCGAAAAGCCGCGCCGCCAACGACGACAGCAACGACGGCCGAACGAACGUCUACGAAAUCCGGGAACCAUCUUUUUGUGUAUUUUCUCUUCGUGCAACUUCAGAAAUUCCGGAAUUUUUCUAAUCUGAAAAUUUGUGUGAGCGCGUCGUGAAAUUCGGCGUGAAUUGAAUGUGACGUGAAAGCAGCAAGUGUGAAUUUUGUGUUUCGUGUGCAUACAGGGAGGCCGGAGCGCGUCGAGAGUGCGAAAAACGCGAUUUUGGGAACGCCAUUUCGUUGUGCUGAACGACGGCCAAGACGACUGCGACGGGGACCCUGGGACCAGAGUAGCCUCUCGCCAUUCUCGUUUCGUCCGUGUGAAAUUGUGCCCUUCGCCAGGCAUUUCGGGGUGUUGGCAGUGAUCCGUGGUGCUCCCAGGUUUCCCGGCGAUAUUGUGCACACGCCGAGUGUUGGGAUAUUGAUUCCUGGACGUCAGAGCGACGCGAAAAGGUCGGGCUCCGCGGUUACGUUUUGUAUGAAAAUGCGGCCCGAAACGAGGCAUUUGUGAAUGUAGCGCUUCGCUGGCACCGCACGCUGUGAUAUUGUUCAUGAAUUUAGGAAGAGCCAGUGGGAAUCAGCCUCGAAUUUGAAGAGUUGACGGUUCGCUGGUGGGGAAAGUAUCAGCGCGCUGGAGACCCCUUGGAACGCCAUGGAGGCGCAGUUUUGUGAUGUUACAUAGAAGUGAUCCCGAAGUCAGUGUUUGCGCGAAGCCCGCGAGCCGCGGGGCUUGUCAGUGAAGCCUAGCGACAUCAUGGACAAGUCUACUGAACCCUCUGCCUUCCCAUUGAGUCGGUGCAUACGUUUCCGUGUCGUGUCCAGGCCUGGUGGUCUCUUGUCUUAGUGCGCUCCCAGCGGGAUCAACUUGAGGCCAGCCCGCUUCCAUGUCUGCCGUGUCGCGACCGUACUACUCGGUUUCUUGCUCAUCCUGUCGCGACCCUCUGUGAAAGACUGUGAAAACCACGUUCUCUUCAGACCCGCAUGCAAAAAAUAAUGGCCCAGCAGCAAACCGAAAGCCUAAACGAUGUCAAGUCCAACGAAGAACUAGCCAAGAGCCAGCAACAGCAGCAAUCCCUGCAGAAUGGAACUGAACCCGCGUCGAACGCUGCAAAUCCACCGUCAAGAAGCAACAGUUCAGGACCGUCGUCGCACCACCAGCCGCCCCAUCAUCAGCAGCAGCACCAACAGCAUCUUCAGCACCCGCAGCAGCAUCCCCACCAUCCGGGACAUCAUCACCUCAUGCAGCAGCCACCGCAACAGCAUCUUCAGCCCCACCAUAUGCCGCCGCAUCCUAUGGCAGGGCGGCCGCCACCUAUGAACGAUAAGAACUCCACCAAGUCACCGCCAAACCAAGGUGGUCCGCCACAGCAGGGUCCGGGCAUGAUGCCCUCGGGUGCGGGUGGCCCGCCACCACCACAGUCCACUGGCCAACAACAGCCACCGAAUAACGGUGACCCUCAGCAGCAGCAGCAAUCUCAUCCAUACGAUCCUCCGCCACCGCCACACGUGAUGCAACAUUACCCGCCUCCACAUCCCUCAAUGACACAGCAGCAAGGCGGCGGACCUCCAGGCAGCGGAGGACCGGAGAAUCCAAAUAAAGAUGACCCGUACGGACCACCGCCACCACAUCCCUACGGGAGGUAUCAUCACCCACACGACCCUAACGUCGGCCCAGAUCCGUACGGCCGUUACGGUCAUCCGGGGAUGCAGCCAGGCGGCAAACCAGGCAUUAUGCCCCCAAAUCGACCGCCACAACGAUAUAUCCCCGGCCAGCCCCCACAAGGGCCUACGCCAACGUUGAAUUCGCUGCUGCAGUCGCAUCCACCGCCACCACAUGGACCUCAACAUCGGUAUCCGAACAGUUAUGGGGAUCCACAGCAGCAACCUCAGCAGCCGGGACAGCAGCAGCAACAACCGCCAGGACCUCAGCAGCAGCAGCAGCAACCCGGCCAGCAACCUCCGCCACCGCCACAAUCGUACGGACCACAACAGGGCUGGGCGCCCCCGCCGCGUCCUUACAGUCCGCAAUUGGGACCGUCGCAACAGUACAGGACCCCGCCACCGUUGACUUCAUCAUCGACAGUUUCGUCGUUAGCGUUGAAUUUGAUCGCGAACACAUCGCGAGGUCAGUCACCUUAUCCGCCAUCUGGUCAAAGUCCUGGUUCAUAUCCACCAUCACCACAACAGGGUGGACCUCCACCACCCAGUGGCCAAGGACCACCUGUAAGCUCACAAUAUUCGCCCUACCCUCAGCGAUAUCCAACACCGCCAGGUCCUGGAGGUGGACCAAAUCAUAGAUCACCGUAUCCUCCGCAUCAGUAUCCGGAACCGAAUCGGCCGUGGCCUGGUGCACCUAGCGGACCAUCACCAGCAGCCAGUCCUGGACCGGCGAUACAAACGGCGGGUGGUCAUCCUCAUCCACCCGCCUCACCACAUCAACAGCAACAACAGCAUGGCGGCCCGACAACGAGUAGUAGCAAUAGUCCAGGUCAUGCACCGAGUCCGUCCCCUCAACCGCCACAACCCUCACCGUCACCGCAUCAGUAUCCAAACAGGCCCAGCCAGGCAUCAACGCCAAAUACAAACACCGACAUCGAAUCAGGGGAAUUAAUUGGACAAAAUAGUAAUGAUAGCUCUUCGUGUGGUGGAAUUGGUGGUGGUUUGGGCUCAGGCCCACCUGGGACACCUAAUUCUCAACAGGCGAUGAGACCGACACCAUCACCUACUGGUUCAUCGGGUUCAAGGUCUAUGUCACCGGCUGUUGGUCAGCCGAAUCUUCCGAUGCCGCCUCGUCCAUCGUCUAGUAGUCAAGCGCAAGCAGGAGUCAAUCAAUUACCACCAACAAGCGGUGGUAUUCUUAGUAAUAACAGUAAUUUAGUUAAUGCACAGCAGCCACACCAUCAUCAACAGCAACAACAACCGCCACAUCCACAUCAUCAUCAGCAACAGCCGCCACAUCAACAACAGCAGCUACAUCCGCAACAUCCUCAGCAUCAUCCAUCGCAACAACACCUGCCGCCAACACAUUUGCAUCAGCAACAUCAGCAGCAUCAACAGCAGCAAUCGCAGCAACAGCCACCGCCUCAACAACAGCCCCUGGACCCGUCAUCGAUAGCGGGAUCUAGAUCGCAAACGAGUACAGGGUCAAAUAGUGGUGGUGGUCCACCAGGUGGAGGAGGUGCACCUCCAGGUUCACAGCAACCUCCACAAGCAGGUACAAUUCCGCCACAUCAGCAACAACAGUCGCAACAGCAACAGCCACCGGGUAGCCAACAAGCAGCUGGCGGACAACCGGGCAGUAAUAUGGCGGCCCAAGGUAGCUAUCAGACACCGCCGCCACAAAUCUCUCAUAUGCAUGCGUACAAAAUGGGACCAAGUCCCGGGCAAGGCCCUGGACCCGGUCCACAAAGCAUGUCUCCAUAUCCUCCACCUCAGUCACAACAGUAUUCACAAGGGAGUUAUCCGCCACGCCCGCCAUAUCCAAGUAAUUAUGGUCCAACACCACCGGCAGGUCAACCGCCUCCUACGAGUAACAUGCCGCCUGGACCAGGACAAUACCCCAAUCGACCCCUACCCAAUCACGUAGGUGGUCCACAUUCACAAUUCCCUCCAUACCAGACGGGUUGGACACCUCCAUCACCUCAAGGACCUGGCAUGAUGUCAAAUCAUGUUCAGGGCAAAGGAACACCUCCUCCAUCGCAAGCCAAUGUUGCAGGAUCUCCACGCCAAUUGAAUUACUUAAAACAACAUCUUCAGCAUAAAGGUGGCUAUGCGGGACAGCAGAGUCCUACUCCGCCACAAGGUUAUGGAAAUGGACCUGCCAUGCAUCCACCGAUGGGUCCGCCUCAUCAUAUGGGACCGCCUCUGGGGCCAACCAGUAUGGGUCCCCCAACGUCGGCACCACAAAGUACACCACCUCCAUCUGUGACACCGACCGGUGCGAAUAGCCAUCCCGAUGGGAGUUCCACCCCAGAUCCGAGUAUGUCACAGGACAAUGGAGUCAGUUCAUCGGGAUCUUCAACGACUAGUUCGCAUCCAGUGACCUCAGUCGUGACUACGGGACCUGAUGGCACACCUUUGGAUGAGGCUAGUCAACAAAGUACCCUAUCCAACGCUUCUGCAGCUUCUGGUGAGGAUCCACAAUGUGUCACACCAAAAUCUCGUAAAAAUGAAACCGCCUAUAGUCAAAGUCAUUUGGCACCGCCUACUGCUUCACCUGGUGCUCAUCCGCAUAAUGAGGAUUUCGAAAUGAAUUCACCAUCAUCCUGGCCACGGACAGCCGCUAGUCCUGUAUUUAACAGUCAUGUUCCUGCUGAGACGUAUAGGAGCACGUCUAAGGUAACGAAAAAGAAGUCGGAUAGUUUAUGUAAAUUAUACGAUAUGGAUGACAACCCGGAUCGGCGAACAUGGUUAGAUAAAUUGCUUAGCUUUAUGGAGGAGCGAAGAACGCCAAUCACAGCGUGUCCAACGAUAUCGAAACAACCACUAGAUUUAUAUAGGUUAUAUUUGUUGGUUAAAGAACGUGGAGGAUUCGUCGAGGUAUGCAAGGUUACCAAAAGUAAAACAUGGAAAGAUAUUGCGGGCUUAUUAGGAAUAGGUGCAAGUAGUAGUGCAGCGUAUACGUUAAGAAAACACUAUACAAAAAAUCUACUUGCGUUCGAAUGUCAUUUCGAUCGUGGUGAUAUUGAUCCAUUACCAAUUAUUCAACAAGUUGAGGCGGGUUCUAAGAAGAAACAAGCGAAAGCAGCUUCAGUUCCAUCGCCAGUGGGUUCUUCAAAUUCACAAGACUCGUUUCCAACACCUGGUGCAACCGGUACAUCAAUGGAUGGUUAUCCGGGCUACCCAAGUAACUAUCCACCCGGAACACAACCAGAUUAUAAUACUCCUCCACAAAUGCAACGGCCUCCGUCACAAAAUAACGCACAGGCACCGCAUACAGGUAAUACGCAACAAACAGCCGGGGACAAUAUUAGUGUGAGCAAUCCAUUUGAUGAUCCGGUUGGCACAUCGCGUGGUGCUCCCUACCCACAAGGCACCACUUAUCCUCCGGUGUCCCGACCACAAGGUGCUCCAUACCAAGGACAGCCAGGUGGUUACAAUCAGUAUGGUGCAAAUGAACAAUAUGGACCAGCAGCACCGCCUGGACAGUAUCCACCAACGCAGGGACAAUUCCCGCCACCAAACAGGACAAUGUAUCCGUCAUAUGAAGGGGAUUCAAAUACACCUCCCACAUCAAAUACCUAUCCACCGUAUGGUCCUCAACCGCCGCGACCAUACAAUCAACCACCUGCCGGGGCAGCGCAACCACCAGUGCCACCUACAUCGGGGACACAAAAUCCUCCAGGAGCACCUGGCUCGUAUCCACCAGUUCCACCACAGCAAGAGUACUAUCGGCAGCCGGAACAGAUGUCGAAAAAUUCUACGUCAAAUUCUGUUAAUAUGAGUUCACAACUAGCUCGACAGCUUGUAGCCCCAAUGUCUCCUGCUAAAACGUCCUAUCAUCACAACAAUGCACAGCCUCGUCGACAUCCUGACUUUGCAAAAGAUACACAGCCAUACCCGCCAUAUGGACAGCGGCCACAGAUGUACGGUGGAUGGCCCAACAACACCGGUCAAUAUCGCGGUCAAUAUCCACCGCAACCAGGUCCGCAACAAUGGAACAGUGGUCAACGGCCGCCCGUUCCACCUGCCCCCGGUCAACCAUCGCCUGUACAAUGGGCCGAACAGCAUCGUUACCCGCCACAAAAUCAACAACAAUAUCCGCCGGCUGCGGCCAGUCAACAACCGCCGCAAUGGGGUAAUAUGAGCAGUCCGGCCACACCUACUAGUCAGACGUCACCUCUACGGCCGCCACAGCGCAGCAGUGGAAAACCAUUUAUGCCUCCGCCACAGCCAGCUAGUGUGAAACCAACUCAACCCCAACCAGCCGCACCUCAACCCGGAUUUCAGGCACCUGCGCAACAACAGAAGCGUGAAAUUGUCUUUCCACCCGAUAGUGUGGAAGCGACUACGCCAGUUUUAUAUAGAAGAAAGCGUUUGGGAAAAGCAGAAGUUUGUCCUGUUGAUCCUUGGAGGAUAUUCAUGUCAUUGAAGUCAGGACUACUGGCUGAAAGCACUUGGGCGUUGGAUAUUCUGAAUAUCUUGCUAUUCGAUGACUCAGCAGUUCACUAUUUCGGUCUCGCCCAUCUGCCCGGCUUACUCAAUUUGCUAAUGGACCAUUUCCAGAAGAAUUUAUCAGACAUGUUCGAUCCAGAUGCCGAAGAUAAACAUGGAUACGGAUGGAAUUGUUUGACCAGGCAAGAUGAAGAAACGCCCGCAGUUGACUUUGGGCAGAUAACUGAACCACCAAGUCCUGACGAGAGAGUGCUAAUACUUACUUCGAGUCCAAACUAUACAAUGGUAUCACGGAAAGGAGUUCCUGUACGAAUACAAAACGCCGAAGAAGAUAUCUUCGUAUCUGACCUGCCUAGAAAAUGGGAUCACGAUUCAAAUAAGAAUUACCAGCUAAGUACAGCGAUCGGAAGCAAUCCCUGGACUUAUGGACAUGUAGAGCCUCAUCCGCAUGACACCAUCAUGGACGUAUUCCGAGCGGAAACAGUAAACAUUCCAUUUUCGCGAUACAUUAAAAGUGAUAAAAAAGACAAACACGAUGAGGAUCUGUUCGAUGAGGGUCCUCAUGGCCAAGAUGAAAAUGAACAGGACAAUUGUAAUGUAAAGCGAGAAAAGGGAGGAUACACAUUUGCCUAUGAAAGGAAGCGGAAAUUGGCUGCGAAAAAUGGCCUAACAGAAUCGUCGAAAAGAGCCAAACUGAAAGAAUGGGGCGCUGCAAAUGCUGGCAAAAAUGCAGGCUUAGAUAUUAAGGCUGAGAUUAAAACGGAGGUAGAUGAAGCAAUUGUGAUCAAAAAAGAACAUAUUGACAGCGAUUGCCGCGAAGUCGAUAUGGAAAUUGAACCUAGGGUACCGAAUGGCCCGCAACAGCUCGAAUCAAGUCCAGAUGAUGCCACCAGCCAAGACGAAAAGUCGAAGACUGACAGUAAGUCACCGGAUGAUGUCGGAUUGUCUAGCAUUAGACGUGAACGGUGUGAUAACGCUGAUAGUCGGAAGGAGGAGAAAUUCGACCCUAAGAAAACUGUCCGCGAUCCUGCAGCUAUAUUGAAGCGUCGUCGAAUGAGCGACUUUGAGGACGAGUGCUACACACGUGAUGAGUCGAGCCUGUACUUGGUGAACGAGUCGUGUGAUACAUUAGCUCGACGUUGUAUAUGUAUAUCAAAUAUCUUCAGAAAUCUUACAUUCGUUCCUGGAAAUGAGAGUGUUUUGGCGAAAUCUGCAACAUUUUUGGCAAUUCUGGGCAAAUUGCUGUUGCUUCAUCACGAGCACUUGGCCCGGACGCAGAAAACUAGGAAUUAUGACAGAGAGGAGGAUACAGAUUUCUCUGAUUCUUGUAGUUCGCUGCAAGGAGAGAACGAGUGGUGGUGGGACUACCUGAUUCAGAUCCGAGAGAAUAUGCUGGUGGCAAUAGCGAACAUUGCUGGUCAUUUGGAGCUAUCGAAGUAUGAUGAGGUGAUAACCAGGCCUGUUUUGGAUGGUCUUCUGCACUGGGCUGUGUGUCCUUCUGCUCAUGGUCAAGAUCCGUUCCCAUCAUGCGGUGUUAACUCUUCCCUUUCACCGCAACGACUUGCAUUGGAGGCAUUGUGUAAGCUUUGCGUGACGGAUGCAAAUGUGGACCUGGUGAUUGCUACGCCGCCUUUUUCGCGCUUGGAAAAAUUGUGUGGUGUCCUAACAAGGCAUUUGUGCCGGAAUGAAGAGCAGGUUCUGCGGGAGUUCUCCGUGAAUUUGCUGCAUUAUUUGGCUGCGGCGGAUACUGCGAUGUCGCGAACGGUUGCUCUGCAAAGCCCUUGUAUUUCGUAUCUUGUGGCGUUCAUUGAACAGGCGGAACAAACUGCAUUGGGUGUAGCUAAUCAACAUGGAAUUAAUCAUCUGCGUGAGAAUCCAGACUCGAUGGGAACUAGUUUGGAUAUGCUGAGGCGUGCUGCGGGUACUUUGCUUCAUUUGGCACGCCACCCGGAUAACCGACCGUUAUUCAUGCAACAAGAACAAAGGCUGUUAGGCUUAGUUAUGAGCCACAUACUUGAUCAACACGUCGCUUUGAUCAUCUCGAAGGUGCUGUUCCAGGUUUCUCGAGGCGGUGGACCAAUGACCUCGACUGAGUUCAAGUUCUCGUCUCAGUAUCGAAUUAGUUUCGGUGGUGAUUUGCAAGAGCGGCAACCGAGUCGGAAAAAGAAUGAGAGGGACGUUGGGAAGGAUAAUAGCGGCAACAGUAUCUUAAUGGGUUCAUCAGUGUCACCGGGGCUUACCUCGAGCGGGCUGAAUACGUCGGGACACGGCUCGGAGACUAAUAACAGUAGCAGCAGCAGUGGGACGAGCAAUAACAGCAUCAGCAACUUCGGCAGCAGCAUAAGCAACUACAGCGGUGGCGAUCAACAACAGGCUGUUUCGCAGCAGCAACAACAAACAAAUUUCAACAAUUGUAGCAAUAGUAAUAGCAGUAGUAAUUGUAGUAAUAGUAGCGGUUCUAGCAGUAGUAAUAGCACGACGGGCGUGGUCAGCAGUUUCAGCGGGAGUGGACUGGUCGCUGAGGGAAGUAAUAGCAGUGGCGGCGGGGGCAAUAGCACUUGUUUAAUGACGCCUACCGCUCCUUCCGGUAAUAAUAGCAUCAACAACAACACGACGGCGAUUAGUUCAAAUGCUAAUAAUAACAGUAAGAGUAAUAAUCUUAGUACAACAGUAGCAGCUGCCGGUUCAGCAACUGCAGCUGCUGCAGCGACAGCAGCAACAACAAAUAGUAACAGUAGUAGCAGUAGUAAUAGUAAUAAUAGUAAUUCAACAAAUGCCACAACUGCAGCCGUUGCGUAGUGGAAAAAAUGAUUACUUCUCAAGUUUUUAAAGAGAAUGCAGAGAAGCCAGAGACGAUGUAGGACGACGGGCAGGAUAAGAAAGCUAAAUGAAAACGGAUAGAGAAAAUACUGGAAAAAAAAGUUAAAAGAUAGAUAACAAAAAAAAAACAACAACACUCCCUUUCAACUGUGUACAUUUUAAAAUAUAACUACUAUUACGAUUAUAUAUAAUAAUGUUAUUCUUAAAGAAAAGCUAGUAAUUAUUGAUAGAGAGUAACUGACGGUAAAAUUAGAGAAAAAACAGAGCAAGAAAACCCUCCUCAAAGUCUCCAGGGGGCUGAAAAAAACCAUGCGAUAACGGUGAUUAUAUAAAUGUGUAAAAAUACAAAAAGUGCGCGUGUGAAAUAAUUAUUAAUUAAUAGUAAUUCCUUCUCUAUGUGUGUGUACACUUUUCUUCUCUGAGAUCGUUUCUCGAUCUUUGAUGUGAAUAAUUGAAUAUAUAAAAAGAUAUAGGAGCGGUAAUGGCGAUUGUCGGACAAGAAGCAUGUUUUACGCUGCUGUGCCGAUUGAAGAUAUCGUUGAGCAAGCAUCGCUACAAGAAAUCCGAUUCAAAAUACAAACGAUCCACAACUUAUAUACCAAAUUGAAUAUAUAUUGAAAUGAAAAAAAAAACGUCUUUAGGAUAUUCCUGUGAUUGAUUAUACGAACUCUUAAAUUUUUUAUAAAUAUUCGUGUAUAAUUAAUUCUACUAGAAUAUAAAUGGUGGCUUAAAAUUAGAAGAUUUCAAAGAAUUUUCAAAGGGGGUUGAGUGGAGAUGAGUUGUAUUCAAGCGGCAAGAAAAGGGACAAGUUGUGGUUAGUUGGGAGUUUGCAGGACGAAGGACUGAGAGGGAUUUACAAGUACUUUGAGUCCGGAGUAGAUGUUUUUUCUGGGGGGACAAGCUAGAAGCGCGGUUGAGUGUUACGAGUCGCUAGCAAGGCAUUACGUUCUGAUAUAAAUCGAUGUGAUUAGUUGAAAAAUGUUCCUUUCUUGCGUCCCCUGACUUUUGAAUCGUAUGUAGAGUAGCUCGACAUUUGCACCAUUGUGUAAAGAACAAAACAAUUAGAAUUUUGCAUAGAAACUCUUCUUAUAAAAGAAAGUUGUAAAAGAACUAUUUAACAUUUAUGGAAAUGUGAAAAGGGAGGAGAGAACCAUCAGCAGAUAAAUGGCGGUCCUGUGACGAUGGGGAAACUUUCACUGAAGCCAAGCGCAUACGCUAAGUAAGCUCCCUUCUGUAUUAUAAAUAGUCGUAGAUUUUUCAUUUAGGGAAAUUGAAUUUGAUGCGCUACACAAGAAUAAGGAUCCAAAGUGUGCGGGGAAUUGAAGUGGAUUGGCGGCUGCUUCUGCUCCCCCACAUGCAUUGCACAUACAAAAUGAAAAUGAGAGGAGAAUUACGCUCGGUGAAAUAUUGUCUCUAUACGUUAGUAACCAUAGUUUAAAUUUUUUUUAAGAAUGAUCCCCUAUGAAGAAGUUUUUAAGAUUGUUUUUCCAUCCCCUGUUUUACGAUUAGUUUCUCUUUUUUUUAUAUAAAUAAAAUAUGGAUGUAGCAUAAACUCUUAAUUCGGAUUAGUAAUAAAGUUAAUCAUAUGCUUUUCAUUUUGUAAUUAUUAAUUUAUUUAACGAGUAAAUUGAAGAAUAAUUCUUAAAGCUAAGGAAGUAAAAAGAUUUCAAAUUUAAUAUCAAAUCUAAUCAACAAUUUUGAAUGUAUUGUAAUAAACAUUGAAAAUACAAUUAAGAAGGAAAAUGUGGUUUAGCCCGUAGUUUGUAAAGAAAAGGAAAACGAUAACAUUUAACUAAAUAAAACAAACAAGCAAAAAAAACCCAAAAAAUAAAAAUGAUUCAACAAACUGAGAUCUGCUACGAAGCUAGGCAGGGAAGAAUGAGAUAAAUUAGGACAGAGGUUGAGAGUGGAUUUAACGAAGUCAUUUAAAGCAUGGAUGUUGUAAAAAUAGUUGUAGACUCUAGAUCGGACAUGGAGAGAACACAAAAGAAAUGAAAAAAUGACCCUUGUGAAAAGAAAAAAACUAAACAAAUCCAUUACAAAACAAAAUAUACGAUACUAGGUAGGUCCCUUUGUGUGGUGUGAGCUGCUCCUCUAUAAAGUAUGAAUACAAAAACCAAGAUAAAGUUGGUUCGAGAGAACGCCGCGAACGUGCACCCAAAACAAAAACAUACAAAAUGAAGUGGAAAUCUUGCUAAGAGAAGAGAUAAAAACACAUUGUUAAUAUAUAUACUAUUUUUACGAUAUAUAUAUAUAAAUAUUUAGAGUCUAGAGGGACACGACCCGAAGCAAGUUGCAAGUGAAAUAAUUUUCUUUUUUAUUUUUUUUCUCUAUUAUUAUAUUUACGAGGAAACAUUUUUUAUUUUCAAUGUAAAACUCUAAUGUUAUAUAUAUCCGUGUUUAUUUCUCGUUCGUUAAUGAUGCGCGCAGUAUGUAUUCGACAUGGACAUGCUAGAAGUGAGUAAGAAACUUACGCGACAUAGGGAAACACACAAAGAACCCACACCCCACAGUCUUAAUUGCAUAGAGAGCAGAUUUCUCUUUUUUUCUAUCUAACUAGAUUUUAACAUUAUUUGCUAUUAUACUAUUAACUCUACAUGUAGAUCGAGCGAUAGAUGAAUAGGUGAACCCAUACAUGAUGAUGAUGAUCGAGAGAAUGCAAGUAAAAGUAUAAAACAAACAAAAAAAAAAUAUUGUAGUUAUAUUUUAAAUAAAAAACUGAAAACAAAAACAAAAAGUUAAGUAAAGUAAAAAUAUUGAUGAUCUAAAUGAUGAUGAUUAAUUCUGCGAGAUCGAGCGAGGAGAGGGAUAAAUGUGCGAGAUGUAAUACGUCGAGAUAAUUUAAAAAAAAAUUAAAGAAGAAAAAACUUUAAGAAUGGAAAAUAAUGUAACUGUAAAAUUUAUUAAAAUAAUUCUAUUGCUUAAAGAUAAAAUGAUGGAAUGAUGAUUAUAUACAUAUAAAAAUACGACAUAUACAUAGUAAUUGAAUCAUAAAAA